GAGUUGACUCGGUUUCAUAUAACUAUAAUAAACGGCAGUCUCUUCGCUUUCCUCUUAACUCCUUCUCUUUCAUGGCAUUUGACGAGAGCCUGAUGAUGAUGUCUUCAUUUCCAGUCGUUGAAGAAGAUGUCGGAUUCCACCAGAUACGGAGCUCUCUAUCUCGACUCUCUGUUUGCACAACCUCCGUUUACGACGACGAAGCCGCCAAGAAUCCGCCAGACCUGGGUGUUGCUGUCGAGUGUUUCGACGGAGCAGAGGCUGACGGAGAAGUCUCCGAUGACGGAAAAGAGAACGUUCGAGAGUCCGACUCCGACAAAGAGACACCGAAGUUUUACACCCUUCCGGCGACUCCACCUCGCAGGAGAAGAAAAAACUCAGUCACCGGAGAUAUAUACGCGAACGAGAGUAGCAGAGACGGCAGCAAGAGUAGUAGUAGUAGUUCACGAAGGCAGAGGAGGGUACUCAGGGAAAAGAAGAAGAGAGGUCACGGCUUUAACGGCGCUGACGGAGAGAGUGACGGCGGUAGCGAAAGGAUGGGACUAACGGUUUUAACGAGAGCGAAAGGAGGAGAGAAGUCGCUGAGGAUGGGACUAGAAGAGGUGAAAGCUUGCAGAGAUCUCGGGUUCGACUUGGAGGUUCCGGGUCGGAUCUCUGUGUCAGCCGGGUCGAAUUUCGAUACGCAGACUAGUAGUGGCAGCAACUCCCCGAUCGCCACGUGGAGAAUCUCCAGCCCCGGGGAUGAUCCGAAGGAGGUUAAGGCGAGACUCAAGGUGUGGGCACAAGCUGUAGCGUUAGCUUCUUCCUCACGUCAAGCUUAGCUUCUUAAAUUUGUCCUCUGUUUUUAGGUUUUACUUUUGUCCUCUCUUUGCUUUUGCUUCAAGUAAUAGCUAAACUUUUAGGGUUUUUUAAUGUUUUUCUUAAUGCGUUUAAUGAGAUUUACGAGCUUUAGACUCAGUGGUUGUUUCAGUGAAAAUAGCAACGUGUAACCCUA